UGUGAGAUAUUCACGUGUCUUCUCUUAUGUUUCAUCACAUGUUCUCUCCUUUCUUCGCCUCUCUCACAAAAUCUAACCCUUUCUCUUUUUGGCAUUCCUAGACACUUUCGUAAUCCAUCUUCCAGAAAUAAACUCUUUAAAACUUGCAUACAUACAUAUAUCUAUCUACAUAACUUUAGCAUGGACAAGAAGAAGAUUGUUGCUGCUUCAUCUUCUUCCUCAUCAUCUUCUUCGUCCUUUGAUCAUAUAUUUGGUCCAAGAGUCUCUUCUCCGCCUUCUUCAUCAACCACUGGAUUGUUCAAUUCCAUCUUUCCUCGACCCUCAGCGGGGAUAUCUGGGAGACCAGUGGACUUUUCAAGUCAAGGUGGACAUGUGAAGUAUCAAUCUCCAAAUGAAGGAGGAGAAAGAAGCAGCAAAAAGGACAAAAAGAGUUACCAUAAUGAGGAAACUGAACCACCAUGCAACUUGAGCUCAUCCAUUUACUAUGGAGGCCAAGAGAACUAUUCCUCUACAACGACUACCACCAACGAUACUUACAAGAAAGAUGGAGAUGAAGGCGAUUCCAAAAGUGCAUCAAGAGGAAACUGGUGGGAAGGGUCGGUUUAUUACUAACAUGCACUGCAUGUCAUGAAAUCCUGAUUUUGAGCAACUGCUAAGUCUUUGUUACUAUUUUGCAGGGGAUUAAGAGACAUCAUGGUAUAAUCUUAAUAUGAAAAUUCAAAGAUUUGAUAAGGAAAUAAAGAGUAUAUAUAAAACUAUAUAAAGAUCCUUACAAAAUUAAAGAGUGUAGUAUAUUGUAUAAAAGAAGAGUGACUUGUUCUUGACGUGUUGAUUUGUUUUGUUUACGAGAAACACACAACACUAAGACAAACCCCUUCCUGAUGAUAUAUGUAUAAACGUUUGUCCUAAUGUUGUCUUAUGUGAUAGUGAUGAUCUAUGAAUAAUUGUAACAGUACUUUAUAUCAUAAUGAAGAAGAAUAUUUU